UGUGGACACGUGGACCAGUACAUCUGCAAUAUGGAACAGCAUGGAUCAGAUGAAUGACACCUUUCCUCAAGAAAUAACGCAAGAUCCUCCUGAGAACCCAAUGUAUGCAGGUGGCAUAGCCGUGCUCGUCGCCUUUGUGCUUUUCAUGUACUGGGGAUCACUAAACGAAAAGGAUGACACUGGUGACGAGACAAAGGAAAAGUCGAAGAAGCCGCGUUCAAACUGGUUACAGGGAAAAAUCAUUCAGGUAGAUAAGAAAAAGAAGAGGAAAGACAAACGGAAAGGUGUUUAUAGUGUGAGUGACGCAAUGUCGAAACAUUUGCUCGCAGAUACAGGUCAAGACGAGCCUAUCUAUAACAAGUGUGACAAGUGUCGAUACCCUGAACACAACAUGCAACUUAAAGCGACAUCUUCCAAUUUCAAUGGGGCACAUAUACCUUGUAGAAGCUCUAAAAUGAGCAAUAAAAAUGAACGUAGUGCCAGCUGCAACCGAGUUGGACAUCCUCUACUGAAUAGUAGAGAGGAUUGUCCUUCGCCUAUAGGUAUACCUCGAAGAAAGCGCGCACAUUCGUCACCUGAAAUCGUCGUGAUAAAUUCCGAGCUGAAGAACGACGCAUGCACGUGCGUACGCUCAAUACAGCAUGGCGAGAAUGGGACACAUCCUCCUAAAAGAAAGUCCUGGGUUUCACCUUCUUGCGAUGACAACGUAACCCUCGUCAGGUUUUGCGAGCAAAAUUGUGAAAGAACAUCUGAAUUCACAACCACGGAUAGUUUGCAUUUUGAAAAAGAGACCAAGGUUAAUCGGUUAGACCUUGACAGGCCUCUUGUAAAAUGCAAGACGGUCACCUCAUGCGGAGUUGGACCAAAGGCCAACGGGAAAGUUCUCCGACAACUGGAUGAUGCCUCUGUGCGUCUCGAGAGCCACCCCAAUGUUGCGAUCGCCAUUUUGGCCGAAUCGGUUAUAUGAAGGAAACCAUUUCGGACUCGACUUGGUUAGCCGUGAUUGUGGUCCUGUUUUGAAGAGGAUCGGUCUUUUUGAUGAAGUUACACAGCGUUCGAUCGAUGGAGACCUUGGUAUUUCUUGUUCCAUCUAGCCUUUGCCGUUGGUUGGGAUAUGUUCUCUGUCGGAAGAACCCACACUCUGGAUGCUUAUGCUACUUUCUGGAAACGCCCGAAGAUCACGCCAUCUUGAAGGUGUUGUUCACACUUACAUCUUGACAUGUAUGUUAACAGAUUAAAGAAGUAGUAGAGUGAGACGUAAUUUAUUGAAAAAGAAUGAUUCGAUUUAGAAAUGUGCCUUAACUCUUCAUAUAUUUUGUUUAAUGUCUAUAGGCAGAUACGCACAAUGUCGCGUGUAUUAAUUGAUCUCGGAUAUGUCGGAGUGCGUUCUAGACGCUUUAGGCGGUCGAAUAAAAACAGUAUUGCAGUAGCUAUUGAAUUAUGUGGGUUUGCGGGAAUGAUACGAACUCUUCGUUUAUACAAGAGAUACUUAGCUACAUUUGAGAGUUGGCAUAUUUUUUCUGGCCAAUAUGAUUUAUAUUUGUCUGAAAGCAAUUUGAUUGACAGAUCUAAUAAAACCUAUAACCUGUAAAAAAGAGGUGCUUAUUAAGCAUCUUGUAAAACUGUGGUACGAGGUAUAAAAUGAAUUUCCAUCUCAGAUUUAGUUGUGCUCAUACAUGUACAUGUACUAUAUUCAAUAAAUGUUCAUGAAGGUAUUUUGCAAUUUUCUAAAAAUUAAAAACGUUGUCAUUGCUUCAUAUUCUCGGAGAGCUUUGAACGGGAAGUUAGGAUGGUACCUAAUUAUCCUACCCGUUAGCCAUUUUCUUUUCCUUGUUUGUAUUAUUUAGGCGGGGGCAAAGUUAAAGAGAAUAAAUCAGGAAAAUAGUGUAGUUAUCUUUCCCAAACAUGAUAGUAUGUUAUAAGACAAACCUAUGAUUUAUUUUGUAAAGAACCAGCUCAUUUUCCGAGUAAUAUUUGAAACCUAUAUCCCAUAGAUCGUGCUGAUGAUACACGAUAUACAUGCACAUUUGCUUACUUUGAAUAAUAAAACGAUUUAGAGUAUUAGUCAUAUCUGGGAAGCCAAAAAAAAACACGAAUUAAUAAACUCCCUGGAAUAAGCAUAUUCUCCUGCCAAUACGCCUAUUCAUGAAAUCUGUACCUGUUACUUUGGGUUUUUUUCUUUCCCAUGGGUAACAAGAUGCAGAAUGGGUCUGUUUUUAAGACUACAAUCAAAUUACGAAAUUGCAACUAAGUGAAAUAUAUGCGACAAAUUGCAAUAAAUCUCCACAAUAAAUGUCAGUUUCAUAUCUUUACAAAAUUAAUUGAACAUUUCUCAAUAAAUGAUUCAUUGUGACAUUUGAAUGUAUAGAUGCUUUCCACCCAUACCACUCGGGAAGGAUAUAAUAUAUCUGUAUGAGCCCUUUUUAGAUUUUUUAUUCUGUUCUUUGCUGUAAGAAAAACUUUAAGACUUUCUUUCCUUGACACCAUUGACUUUAUCAAUGUGCAAAACAAUUUGUUAUGGUGAGGACUAAACUCAAUUAUAUUAAUAUCAAUUUAGAGGUUUGUUUUCCUACAUAUGGUGUAAAUCCUAGUUUUAUGACCAAGGAUGCAUUGAGUUUUUCAUGUCAUUGCCUCUGUAGACGGGUUGCACGAAUAAAUAUAACCAAUAAUAUUAACAAUAAUAGCAAAUAUGUAAUAAUGGUAUUAACACUUGAUGUAAAUAUGGAUAGUUCUUAUGCGCCGGUAUUAACCACGCGUAGAUGGUGAUAGCGUAGGACAAAAAAGGAAGCAGAAAUUCAAACACCUGCGGAAUGAAUUUAAGGACUGAACUACCCUUUUCUUUGUUUUAAAUCAUGUAGCAAUAUGUUCAAGUAGACACCAUUAAACCAUGUUGUAGUAGGUCCAUGCUUAAACCCUUGACUUGACUCAUUGAGCAUGUUGCGAAUUGAGGACUGCAAUUGUAAAAAUGUCAUGAUUAAACCAUGUAUGCAUGACUGCUUAAACUUACGUCUUAGUGAAUUAAAAGCAGAUUCCUAUUAACUUGCAAGGAUUCCACUAUGCAAUUUGAUCGAAACACAUACUGCCUGUUGUUUCAGUUUGGUGACCGACAUGGCUGAUGAUGUAUAUAGGCCUAAAGAAUAUCAUUUUGAGGAUAAAUCAAGGGUAUUGAUCCUUAUUACCAUUACAGAGGCAAUCAGAGAACGGGAUAUUAUGAUAUAGAGUUACCAUUUACUGAUAAAAAAUAUUUCAAAUACCAACUCCUCUCUUUGAGAGUAGUAUAAUGGCGAUGAUAUUAUAAGUAAUGCUACUGAAGCUGAAUGAUUUGCCCUACAUGUCAUAUAAUAUAACCAGACAUUCAAGCAAAUGAGAACAUAUUGGCGGUGUGAACGUAUAAAUCGUCAUUUCGAGCUACAUGUAUAUUGUAUAAUAAGCUGGCUAGAUGAAUACCGGACAUUAUAUUUUAUAUGGGUAACAUACUUGAAUCAUAUUGUUAAGCGAUGAAGAAGGGAGAAGGGUGUUACUUCUUGUGAACAAAUUUUUCGGCAUUUCUCAUAUGUCUUUAAUAAGAUCGCAUGCUCGAUCUGUAAUGAAAAUCAUAAGUCAGAAAAAAAAUGGAACCAGUGGGAUUGGAAUCUGUCAUCUACUGCCUGCCGGGCAGCGACUCAACCACCAUGCUAUUCUGGUUCACGGCUAAGUCACGAUGAACUGGAAUACAAAUACCCUCGAUCCUCUUCUUUCUGACAAUGGCAUUAAUGUCGAACAAUUUGUUCAAAAAUUAUAAUUACCUCCUAUUAAAGCCUCUUUAUUUACUAUGUUACUUCUUAAUAGCGUAUUUUAGCGUCCACUACGCAGACACUUUCUGCAACGCUCAGAAUUCUAUUGAAAAUACCCGUCAAGGUCAUUGUCGGAAGUUGGUGAGCCGGGACAGCACUUCGUCUUGAGUUUCGGACCGGACAAAAAAUUGCGAAUAUGUCGUUUGUCCGGAGUCCAUGACAACACGGCUGUUUUGGUUCACCGGUUUUCGACAAAGGCUGUUUUGUUCAUAUUAAGGGGCUUUUGAUACAAGAUCCUCAGCGUUAUAUAAAGCGCAUGUGAAGUGAUUGCUAAAAUGCUCUCAUGCCGUUGUCUUUUUUUUUAUCAACGAAAUUAACCCAAGACGGACGAAAACAUCGCGUUAUUACCAGUGAUAUACUAUCCGUCGGUUUGAAGUCAUUCAAUAUGCAGAUUAUGCAAUAUUCCAUUAUAUAGAUGAGGCAAUUAUGAUUAUGCCUAUAACUUAUCUACAGUAUCUUCUAUUAACGUAUAUUACUCAUUGUGGAAUCGAGAUGCCAGCCUGCACUGCAGAAACUCUGGUGUUGAUUUAACACCAGCCCGGAAUCUAUAUAUGUCCACGCCAGAAAAGUGUAAAACAACACCAUUUUCGUUUUGGUCUAACACCAAAUAGGUGUUUAAACAACACCAAUUAGUAUCAAAACAGCAUCGGUUUGAUCCCAAACUGGUGUUGUUUCAAUAAUUCUCUGGUGUGGACAUAUAUAGAUUCCGGGCUGGUGUUAAAUCAACACCGGAGUUUUUGCAGUGUGGUUACACAAACUUUGCUCCUGCGACAAUUGCUCCGGGCUUUAUUUCGUCUAAGAUACAGGAUUAGGGUAAGGGUUGCAAUAAGGUUUUAUUCUAGGUUUAGGGUUAGGUUUAAGAUAGGGUAUAGCGUUAAAUGUUACUAUGAGGUUGGUUGUUCCAUUUAUAUAGUGUGUGAAAUUCACUGCGGAGCAAUUGUCGCCGGAGCAAAUGUCUGGAACCGUAAGCCUAGACCUAUAAACACAAUAAUUAACGUUUCCAUCGUAAUCCCUAUACUGACAAUAGUAGAUGGUGAUCAUUGGCAAUGGUAAUGAAUAUGGUACACCCGGCAGAGAAAGAAUACAUAUUUACUAAAUGAAAAAUGUUUCAAGAUGCGGUAAUGACUUUUGAAUAUUUUUGUGUAGAAUAAAUUUAUCCCAUGUAUAUUUUGAUAAAAAAGUGCCUGUCU